AUGCCUCCACCACCCUCACCAACUGAGAGAUUUAGUCAGCUUUCCAUUGAAGGCAUGCCUCCAAUUACGCGACAGCAGAGCCGGAACCGGCAGGAAGACCUGAGUUCAGAGUCAGAAGCCGACACCAGCGGCGACGCAAGCAACUCAGACGCCACCGAAAGUCCAUUCGUAUUUCCAUCUGGGCUGGCAUACAAUCUUGAAAACCUGAAUGAGAAUAUACAAGGCCAGGUCACGGCAGCCAUGGACGAACCACCACAGCUAGUACUCCAGGAUUGCCAGGCACGGGAUGACACUUUCAUCUUCCAGAUCUCGGAGGUUAUAGAGCACAAUAUCCGUACCGGCUCGGUGAGCAGUGGCUGGGCCAUACCAAGCUGCAGCUGCCAGGACGAGCAACCGUUUCGGCGGAUAUGCCGUCACGUGCUUUGGCUCUUUGAUCAAAUCACCAAGGAGAUAUUUGACAACCGUGGCCAAGCACUCACUAUGAACGAGCAUGGCUUUUCAGAAGAACUCGGCGAGCGUGGCAAUCCCUUUGAGAUGAUAUCAGAAUUCCACCUCGAUAUACUGGCCGACUCCCUGCACAGCCGGAUGUUGAGGGCAGGCUCUCCUACGGACGAGGACAUCCUCAACCCACGGCGAGUCCAAGAUGUCCGCGAGAUCCUCGCGUCUUUAAACUCUACCCCCGUUGACGAGUAUCGUCGGGAUAUUUUUGAUAACCCAAGACUGGGCAAGAGGGUGAUCAAACGCAACGACCUCGAGUCUACUGUGUUUCGGAUGUUGUGCCGCAACAACGAGUUCUUCCACUACUUCCUCUCGUCGAUGAGGUCGGAUGAGCUCGUUAACAACACGUUUAGGCGCCUGCAGCAGAGGGCAGACGUGGCACUGGCAGGGCUAGAUGCAUAUGCCCAAACUUCGGCACAGUCCACAGUCGGCAACCCAAAAAACGUCGCCUGGUGUGCGACACAUUUGCGCCUCAUUGUGCAAAAGGUUCACACCUCUCUGGAGUAUGCCCAGCGCGAGCCGAAACCCUGGGAACGGCACACCGCAGCUUGCACAUUAGUCCAUGUCCUGCGCUGUGUCGUCGAUCGCUCGUCAGACCUCCCGCCACAAGAACUGCCAAAGAGGGAGCGCAACCUAUAUUUCCGCCUGGUUGGCAACCGGGACGAAAACUUCGUCAUCGGCGUCUUGAAUUCCAUCCCUCCUUCGUCCGUCCAUCCCCUAGCGGGAGCCCUUGAGCAGAUCCUCGAAGACAUUGGCCGGCUAGGGGCUCCCGUGACUUAUGUCGAAAAACUCCGCGCGCUGCACCAGCGGGCGCGGCGAGCUCAUCCUGCUGCAUCUCCCACCGGAUCAAAGCGCCAGGGCGGUGGGCAGGAGCGACGAGCCAAGAGAAUGAAGUAG